UACUAGUAAGUUUAAGGAGUCAGUAUGGUAACAUUGAGCAGGAGGGUCUCUUUUUCGGUCGGCUAAUCGAGCGUGUACGUUGGCGUGAUAAAUAAAUUUAUCAAUUGCAGCCAUGGUGCGUAUGAACGUUCUUAGCGAUGCUCUUAAAUCCAUUAACAAUGCUGAAAAGCGCGGAAAGAGGCAGGUGCUCUUGAGGCCCUGCUCAAAAGUAAUCAUUAAAUUUUUAACUGUAAUGAUGAGGAAAGGUUACAUCGGAGAAUUUGAAAUUGUCGAUGAUCACCGUAGUGGUAAAGUGGUCGUAAAUCUUAGUGGAAGAUUAAACAAAUGUGGUGUAAUUUCACCUAGGUUUGAUGUACCAAUUAAUGAUAUUGAAAAAUGGACCAAUAAUCUGUUGCCAUCUAGACAGUUUGGGUAUGUUGUGUUAACCACAAGUGGAGGAAUUAUGGAUCAUGAGGAAGCAAGAAGAAAACAUCUUGGAGGAAAAAUACUUGGGUUUUUCUUUUAAUUUUUAUUUAAUUCAAUAAAACUUUAAUAUCAAACUUU